AUGUCGUACGCUCCCGAUGGUCGCCUGCUGUCGCCUGGCGAGGUCUAUGAAGCCGCGCCCGCGCCCGUGAAAGAAGACGAGUGGCAGGAGGACCUGAACGUUGCCAUGAUCUGCCCGGACUGCAAGGAGAAUCCUCCGAAUCUAGUUGAAGAGUUCAGCGCCGGCGACACCAUUUGCGGUUCCUGCGGUCGCGUACUUGCAGAGAGGACUAUAGACACGCGCUCUGAGUGGCGCACUUUCUCCAACGACGAUCAAGGAAACGACGAUCCCUCGCGUAUCGGAGACGCCGCGAACCCGCUGCUUCAUGGCUCUCAACUCCAGACGGAGAUCGGUUUUGGCGACGGUGGUAUGAGAGUCCGCGACCUGAGCCGCGCGCACAACAAGAGCAACCAUGAUAAAGUCAACAAAGCGUUGCAGGCCGCAUACGGACAGAUCUCGGCGCUCUGCGACUCACAAAACAUCAGUCGCCCGACCGCCGAGACAGCCAAGAUGCUGUUCAAGAUGACCGACGACGCCAAAUUGUUCAAAGGCAAAUCGCAAGACGCUAUUAUUGCCGGCUGCAUCUUCAUCGCGUGUAGGAAGCACGACCAGCAGCGCAGUUUCCGCGAGAUCUUCAAGAUGACCAACGUCAGCAAGAAGGAAGUCGGCCGUACAUUCAAGGUUCUCGAGGCCUUCAUACAAAAGUCGCAGAACAGCGGGCCCUCCGUCGCAGGCAACGGUGCCGUCAUCGACACCGUCAACCUUCUCAACCAGAAGGGCGGCACCACAGCCACCAGCGCUGCGAGUCUCAUGCCCCGUGCCUGCGCCAAACUUGCCCUUGGAACACAGGUACAGAUGGUUGCAGAGGAAUGCGCGGACCAGGUCGCCCAUUACGGAGUCGCAGCUGGACGUUCGCCGCUGUCCAUCGCUGGUGCCUGUCUCUACCUCGUCUCCCAUCUCAUGGGCCAGCCCAAGUCUCCGAAAGAGAUUGGUCUCGCAGUCGAAGUCAGCGACGGAACGAUCCGCACUGCAUACAAGCUCAUGCACUUGGAACAGGACAAGCUCAUCAAGGAGGAAUGGAUCGCAAAGGGUGGCGAUCGCUCCAGGAUUCCGCAAGCAUAG